UGCUGCUGUCCUAAGCACCAAACAGGAACAGAGACUGAAGGUGGCUAUUUUAGUGCCACCACCUCCUGUUCCAUCCCCUCAGCAUGUGGCUGUCUUCUGAAGAGAUCUGGAAAGAGGAUGUGGUUACAGUGUAGACGGUUGGCUGUCUGUUGAAGUGAUCUCGCCAUGCGUGAAUACAAGCUAGUGGUUUUAGGCUCCGGAGGUGUGGGCAAGUCCGCUCUGACAGUUCAGUUUGUACAGGGAAUCUUUGUGGAGAAAUAUGACCCGACAAUAGAAGACUCGUACAGAAAGCAAGUGGAGGUAGACGGUCAGCAAUGUAUGCUUGAAAUUCUCGACACAGCAGGCACAGAGCAGUUCACGGCAAUGAGGGACUUGUACAUGAAGAACGGCCAGGGCUUCGCUUUGGUUUACUCAAUCACAGCACAGUCAACCUUCAACGACCUCCAGGACCUGAGGGAACAGAUCCUUCGAGUAAAGGACACAGAGGACGUGCCAAUGAUUCUGGUUGGAAACAAGUGCGACUUGGAGGAUGAGCGUGUGGUGGGGAAGGAGCAGGGCCAGAACUUGGCUCGACAGUGGAACCACUGUGCCUUUUUAGAGUCCUCAGCAAAGUCAAAGAUCAAUGUUCUUGAUAUCUUCUAUGACCUGGUCAGACAGAUAAAUAGGAAAACACCAGUGGAAAAGAAGAAGGCAAAAAAGAAAUCCAACUGUGUCCUGCUUUAAGCCCCUCCCCCACCGCCCUGCAGCAGCUCUGAGCCAGAAAUGCUGUAAUGAAGAACUGUUGCCCUGAUUGGAACGUCCAAGCUUUCCAACAGCCCCGCCCUUCCCUCCAUCAGCCAUAAGUCGACCAAACUACUCCGAUUGAUCACAGACCAGGAUGAACUAAAGCAGAGAGAUGGAGAGAUUUAAGACGGACAGUUGGAGAGAGCAGACUGGCAUCUCUCGCCUCUUUCAGGGCGUCCUUUGUGCGUCUGUGUCAACCACGAACAGGACACAAUCACUUCACCUUUCAACAACAACCUGCCCCUAAACUAUCAAAGGUGUCUCUGAGCCUCAUGUGGCUAAACAACAGCCCAUUUAUAUUUUAAUUAUUGACUUUUAACAGAAAAUGUGAUUAGAGGGUGUUUGAAGUAGUGUAUUAUAUGUGGGACUUGUGUAUAAUUUGUGUACUAUUUUUAUUAGAAAUGGAAAACCACCAUGGCUUGAAUGGACAGUGCACUGCACACUUGCCUAGUGUUAUAUUAUUCAAUAAAAGAAUAUUUUUAAAAGAUUUUCUGUUUUGGGUAAUCAAUGCACUGUACUGUAAACCCAAAUAGCAGUACAACGGUCAAGUGUGUAGUUGAAUAUAGAAUACAGCUACACAUUUGUUUAGAGAAAUCAGAAAAUAUGCUAAAGCCCCAACCUAUAUCCAAGUGCCACAUAUCCUAUUUCAAAAAUCCUUGAGUCCUUAGUGAACUUUGAUCAUGGCUUUCAGUAUUUUUCACCUUUCGGAUAUCAAUAUUGUAUUUGAAAGACCUGGAAGUUAACCUCCUUAGUUGUACGAUUAUAAAUAUUCUUCGAAAUGAGCAUGAAAAAGUACAUCAUGUGUAAAUGUCUUCAAGUGAAAUCCAGUGGAAAAGUGCAAAUUCUUUUGUAGCCAUACACCUCCUGUCCAUGCCCGCCAUGUCCGUGAUGAUAGAGCAAGGUCUAUAUUAUGUAUUAUUAUUUUGUAUGAUUUACUCUCUUGCCCUGUUUUUCAUGGACUCUUUCUGCAGAUAUCUCUCUGAUGUGACUUAAUUUUAUACUUGGUCACUGGGAUUUCAUAGCUCCCAUAAUAUAUUCUAAUGCCAUUUUUGCAUAACAAUGCUUGAGAAAAAAUGGGUCUUUUAUAGAACUAUGGGGGAAAAUAAGGAUUGAUUUCUAUGUCUCUUGAAGCUGAAAUAUAUUAUACUAAACCAACUCUAAUAAUGCUUCUUGUGUUUUUCUGUCAAUGAUGUUCCAGCUUUUAUGAAUUAUUAAAGUACAUUUUAGUACAUUUUCAUUAUAUUGGUCAAUGUAUUUUUGUGAAUUAAACUUUUAUCCAAAGCA